AGGAAACGGGGCUGGGUCUGUGGGACGGGGGUAACAUUGGUUCAACACGCAACUUCUGAGUCGUACACAUCUCUUCUCCCCAAAGACGCGGACACUACUGUCUACAACAAGCUAGUGGGACAAUAUCGGUCUCGAUUACAAUGAAAAUAGUAUUCCUCUUGGCGUUUAGUGCAUUGUUCAGCUUUGCCCAAUUGCCUCUGACAAGCUCCGAAGAGCAGAAAACUCCAGAAGACCUCCUAGUAUUGACAGUUGCCACCGCAGAGACAGAUGGCUUCAGCCGUUUCCUGAGGUCUGCAAAGCUCUUCAACUAUACUGUCAAGGUGCUGGGGCGCGGGGAGGAAUGGCAAGGGGGGGACUACAUGGCCCCCGGAGGAGGCCAGAGGAUACGCCUCCUCAAGGCGGCUCUGGAGGAGAUGAAGGAGGAGCAGGAGAAGACCAUCCUAUUCAUAGACAGCUAUGAUGUGGUGUUUGCCUCUGGGCCCAAGGAGCUGCUGAAAAAGUUCCAGCAGAGCGGGCACAGGGUGGUCUUCUCUUCAGAGACCCUCAUCUGGCCUGACAGACACCUGGAGGACAAGUACCCGCACGUCCGCGAGGGAAACCGCUUCCUGGGGGCGGGAGGCUUCAUUGGCUACCUCCCUAAUGUCAAGACGAUGGUCGCUGAUUGGACAGGAGAAGACCACGACAGUGACCAGUUGUUUUUCACUAACAUCUAUAUCAACCCAGAAAAAAGGAAAUCCAUAAAUAUCACACUGGACAGCAGAUGCAGAUUGUUCCAAAACCUCAAUGGAGCCCUUGAUGAGGUGGUGCUGAAGUUUGAGGACAGCCGGGUACGGGCCAGGAAUGUGCUGUAUGACACACUUCCGGUCAUCGUCCAUGGCAAUGGCCCCACCAAGUUGCAGGUCAACUACCUUGGCAACUACAUUCCCAAGGUGUGGACCUUUGAAACCGGCUGCACUGAAUGUCACCAGAACCUCAGACCUCUCACUGGGAUCCAGGAGAGUGAAUUUCCUCAGGUGACGAUCGGGGUCUUCAUUCAGCAGCCCACCCCCUUCCUCGCUGUCUUUUUUGAACGCCUACUGAAUCUUCAGUACCCCAAGAACAGACUGAAACUCUUCAUAUACAACCAGGAGAGCCACCACAAGAAGCAGGUGGACUCCUUCUUGGAGGGCCAUGGCGGUCUGUACCAGGACGUCAAGGUGGUGGGCCCAGAGGGAGCCGACACAGACAGCAUCUCCUCGCGCAACCUUGGCCUGGAUUUGUGUCGACAAGACAAACAGUGUAAAUAUUUCUUCAGCGUGGACAGCGAAGUUGUCCUGAAGAACAAGGACACGCUCAAAAUACUCAUCGAGCAAAACCUGCCCAUCGUGGCUCCCAUGAUCACUAGGCCCGGGCGACUGUGGAGCAACUUCUGGGGCGCGCUCAGCGCUGACGGCUUCUACGCCCGCUCUGAGGACUACGUAGACAUCGUCCAGGGACGCAGGGUGGGGGUGUGGAACGUGCCCUACAUCUCCAGCGUGUACCUGGUGAAGGGGGACGUGCUUCGCUCCGGUAUCCCUGACUACGACCUCUUCAGCUCCGACACGCAGGAUGCGGACAUGGCCUUCUGCACCAGUGUUCGCAGCAAGGGGGUGUUCCUGUACGUUACCAACAUGCACACGUUUGGGCGCAUCCUGUCUGUGGAAAACUACCAGACGAAGCACCUCCACAAUGACCUCUGGCAGAUCUUCGAGAACCCUGUGGACUUCGAAGAGCGCUACAUCCAUCCAAAUUACUCCCUCAUCAUGAAAAACAAGCUGAUUGAAACGCCCUGCCCUGAUGUGUACUGGUUCCCCAUGUUCUCGGAGGUGGCCUGCGACCACUUUGUGCAGGAGAUGGAACACUUUGGGCAGUGGUCUGGGGGUGGUGCCGUGGAUAAGAGAAUCCAGGGGGGCUAUGAGAACGUGCCCACCAUCGACAUCCACAUGAACCAGGUGGGCUACGAGAAGGAGUGGCACAAGCUGCUGCUGGACUAUGUGGCUCCCAUCACAGAGAAGCUGUUCCCUGGGUACUACACCAAGUGUGAGUCCAACCUGAACUUUGUGGUGAGGUACAAACCUGACGAGCAGCCCCUGCUGCGGCCUCACCACGAUGCCUCCACUUUCACUAUAAACGUAGCGCUCAACACCAAAGACGUUGACUACCAGGGUGGAGGCUGUCGAUUCAUCCGCUACAACUGUUCAGUUGAGGCACCCCGAAAAGGCUGGUCUCUCAUGCACCCUGGCCGGCUCACCCACUACCAUGAGGGGCUCCCCACUACCGGGGGUGUCCGAUACAUCGCCGUCUCCUUUAUUGACCCCUGAUCUGACCAGUUAGCAGAACACAUGCGGUGCAACUCUGCAGAAUUCUCCCUUUGGUGCUAAUUCCCAUGAUGAAGUUUAGAAGUAGAUACACAACAAGAUACUGUACGAUUAAAUUAGACAUACUUUGAAAUGGUUACCUUAAGUUCAGUUCAGGUGUAAAGUUUGAAAUGGUUACCUUUAAGUUCAAGUGUAAAGCAUAUAAUAUUUAAGUUUAGUAAUUAGCUUAGAGGUAGCUUUGGUAAUGGUCAUAGGGAGAAGCAUCAUGGGAGAUCCCACAGGAGAACUCUGUAUCGUUACACCCAGAAGAUGUCAGUGGAGGCAAAGGUUACACCACUUUUGCCUUAAAUUUGCUUUGAAUUGUCCCCUCUAGUAGUGGCUGUGAAUAUGUAUUUGUGAGCGACAAAAACUGCAGUUGUGCAGUUGGGAUGAGCCCGGAGUAUGUAUAUGUGUUUAGUAUCGUAGAAAUCCGGAAGUUUCCAAGACCAAAGUGUGCUGAGUGAGACCUCUGGCUGAAUUUCUCUCAGGAAAAAGGCAGUUCAGCUUAAUAAUUUAAUAAUACAACCCCCUAAUAAUUAUCCUGAAGCUUUGAGUUUGAUAAUAAGUUAACAGUGGCUUUCAGUAUUAUAGUCAAUCAUUUCUGUAAUUCAGGGUCCUCAUUUCAGCACAUGUACUACAAAGGUCCUGAGCGAGUUAUUCUGUCAUGGUAUCUUUAUUUAUUUUUUAUACGUGUGACGAUAUGCCAGAUAUCCGUGUUACAGUCAUGUGCAAUAUCCAGGACCUUUCUGUAAUUUUGAAUGUGGAAAUCAGGUGACCUAUUUCUCCUUUUAUCAAAGAUUCAGACCUCCACUGAGUUGUCAAAAGUCCUUAAGCCUUUUUAAAUUGUUCUGACUGUUCUUACAUAAAGUCUACCCCCCCCCCCCCCCCCCCCUCAUGUGCUGAAUUGUUAAUAAAAAUGUCACCUUAUGAAUGGUGCAAUCUUAUUAGCUUCUACAUAAGCUUCUACAGGUGCAUAUGUCAGUACUGGUGAAAAGCAAUAAUUCCAUUGUUGACACUCUGAAUUGAUAAUAAAGAAGCUAAUUGAGGAUA